AGUUGCACGCUGUGCAUCACUCCGCGUCGAAGGAGAGGAACGGACCGGAGAAUUCAGUUGCUUCAUUGCUUUACACAAACGAGCUCUUAUUGGCAAAAUGUUCUCAAACGGAAGUAAGGAUGACAACCAACGCGUGAAAGCAACGCCGCUUGCGACACAACCUCCAAAAGAGAAAGAGGCGGGAAGCGACAAAAGUUUAAUGAGUGAUCGGCGUGAAGUGGGCGUAACUUUGAGAAACACUAAACCAAAACCAAAAAAAGUUAGGAGUGCUAUUCCAAAGCACAGACAAGAGUUGUUAAAGUGGAAUGGUUGGGGUUACAAGGACUCUCAGUUUGUAGUUAAAGAUGGGAUAAUCCAUUUCACGGGAAACCGGUAUCCAAUAGGUGAUGUACCCCUUCCAUAUUUCACAGAAUGGGUAAAGGAUGUACUGGAUGUAAAACUUGAUUUCAAACAAGAAUCACAGUCUUUAAUAAGAGCCAAAGACUAUCCACAGCCACAUUUGGAUGACGCAUUUCUUUCAGAAAUUCAAGAAUUAGGUAUCAGUCACUCUACAGAAGACGUGGAUCGUUUGAUAAGAGCUCAUGGGCACACUCUUCAUGAUAUUUAUGUUCUGAGAGCUGGAAAAUUUGACCGUAUACCUGACAUUGUUGUUUGGCCAGAAAGCCAUGAGGCUGUCGUGCAGUUAGUGGAACUAGCAAACAAGCACAAUGUUGUUAUAAUUCCAUUUGGCGGUGGAACAAGUGUGUCAGGAGCAGUUUCCUGUCCUAGUCAAGAACGGCGGACUAUUAUGUCAUUGGACACUUCACAAAUGAAUCGGAUACUGUGGCUGGACCGAAAUAAUUUACUUGUGUGUUGUGAAGCUGGUAUUAUUGGUCAAGACCUAGAGAGGGAGCUACAGUCACAAGGAUUCACUGCAGGGCAUGAACCUGACUCCUAUGAAUUCUCAAGUUUAGGUGGAUGGGUUGCUACACGGGCGUCAGGAAUGAAAAAGAAUGUAUAUGGAAAUAUUGAAGACCUGCUUGUACAUGUAAAAAUGGUUACCUCAAGAGGAGUUCUUGAAAAGAGCGGCCAGGUUCCCAGAAUGUCUUGUGGACCAGAUUUCAAUCAUGUUGUGUUAGGAUCUGAAGGAACUCUUGGUGUCAUCACUGAAGUUGUAAUUAAGAUAAGACCUCUCCCAGAGUGCAAAAGAUAUGGCUCUAUUGUGUUCCCAGAUUUUGAAUCUGGUGUAGCGUGCAUGAGGGAAAUUGCAUUGCAGCGGUGCCAGCCUGCUUCUGUCCGCCUAAUGGAUAAUGAACAAUUUAAAUUUGGUCAGUCAUUAAAGCAGCCUACAGGGUAUAUGGGACUGUUGCUUGAGGGUCUGAAGAAACUUUACAUCACUAAAAUAAAAGGAUUUGAUUUAGACACCCUGUGUGUUGCUACACUGUUGUUUGAGGGUGACAGAAAAACUAUUGAAGCCCAAGAGAAAAGAAUAUAUGAAAUAGCAGAUCAUUUUGGAGGAGUACCUGCAGGAGAAAAGAAUGGUGAAAGAGGAUACAUGUUGACAUUUGUGAUAGCCUAUAUCCGAGAUCUUGGGCUAGAAUACAAUGUAGUUGCAGAAUCGUUUGAAACAUCUGUUCCUUGGGAUCGAACAUUAUCAUUAUGCAAUAAUGUGAAACAUCGUCUGUCUCAAGAAUGUCAAGAUCAUGGAAUUAAAAACUUCCUGAUAUCGUGCCGUGUUACCCAGACAUAUGAUGCAGGCUGCUGUGUGUAUUUUUACUUCGGUUUCAGCAGCAAAGGACUUGCAGAUCCUCUUGCAACAUAUGAGUUACUCGAAGAGCAUGCAAGAGAUGAAAUCCUGGCUUCUGGGGGCAGUAUAUCACAUCACCAUGGUGUUGGCAAACUACGUGCUAAAUGGUUUCCUCAUCAGGUGUCAGAGACUGGUGUUGAACUGUACCAAGCAACCAAAAAAGAACUUGACCCUAAGAAUAUAUUUGCAAAUGGUAAUUUAACUUUCCGCAGCAAACUUUGAAGCACAAAGUAUGCUGAGAUUUGUCAGUAUCUGAUGAUGUGAAGUUGUGGUCUUGCUAUGUUUACUGAUAAGACUAGUCAAUGUAAUGUUAUUGAAAUGGUAAAAGACAGAAAGUUUGUGUUAUGCAAAGUUUUACAGAGAGACUGUGUGUGUGUGUGUGUGUGUGUGUGUGUGUGUGUGUGUGUGACAUUAGAUAAUGUGUAUACUGCUGAAUGUAAAUCUCUUGCUGCUUUUGUAUUAUUAAUCAUUUGUUUAGCUAUUUUAAAGGAACAUUUUUGGCAAUCGUGCUGGCCAGAAUUAAAAUACUGGCAUGGACUGUGCUGUUUUUCUUAAAAGGAGUCACACCUUUUGCAAUACAUGAAGAAUAGUUAAUUAACUAAUACAUUCAAGUUUGAAUAGAAUUCACUUCUUACCUGAUGGAAAGGAAUUCGUGUAACAUGUCUCCAAUACAGAAUUCCACCUGUAUUUUAAAAGCAGCCUCCCAAGUUUAACUUAGCUGAAAACCAUAAUACGUGCCUAUGAUACUGUUUGACGUGAGUGUUUUUGGAACUGAACUUAUAAUGCAGUUGUACUUUCUGAAAAUGGAAAACUGCCUAAAGAACUAUUUUUGCUUCGGUUGUAUUUAUAAUUUCCAGCAAACACAAAAGCAAUUUCUUGUUUGGAACUAGUGCAGCAACUCAUAGAGGUCCAGUGUGGGCUGUAAUUAUCUUUUGGCAAUGAAACUUGGUAGAUAUUCUAAUGCAUUAAUGUGGAAGCGAUUUGCACUGGAGAAAACUUAGUUCCAAAUGGCAAUCAGUUGCUAGCCUGGUGCUGUGAAUGCAAGAAAGACAUAUACAGGUGGACUAUAAAUGGGGUGUGGUCAGAAAAGGUCAAACAAAUGAGAAAGGCAUAAUGCUGAUUUUAUUAUUAACUGCCACUUACACAAUUUGUUCAAUGUAAGCCCUGGAGAUGUCGAUGAGAUGCCUGGAGAUGUCGAUGAGAUGCUGUACAGCAGCAGAUUUGCACCUAGUGGCCAAAAUUGGAACUAAUUUUUUUCCAGCAUAAAUUGGUUCUGCACUAAUAAAUUAGCAUAUCUAUCAAGUUUCUCUGUCAUACAGUAAUUACAGCCCGCACUGGACAUCCAGUAAUGGCACUUUAAUAAUAACCACCUGGUGGUUGUUGAAAUUAAUUAACUUGUGUUCCAGAUUAGUGAUUGUGAUGAAAGGGGAUGGGAUGAGAGGUAGGUGGGUGUAGAAAUUGCAUUAUCAUCACAAUUAUUUAAUUAUUUUUUGUCUCUCUCUCUCUCUCUCUCUCUCUCUCUCUCUCUCUCUCUCUCUCUUUUAUAGUCCACACCCCAUUUAUAGUCCACCUGUAUAUGUCUUCUUCUAACCCGCUCAGUACUACAUAUUUAUGCGAGGCAGUUCCUUUCCCAAUCUUCUGCCCCCAUCUUACACAUAAAGAAAAUGUAACAGCAUUUAUGAGGUGUUUUUGAAGCUUUGAAAUGGUUAAUUCUUCAUGUUCGAGGCAGGAGGGUGUGUAGAAGAGUAAUAUGAAAUAGAAAAUUACAACCAAAGCAGUGCAAAGGGCUAUUAGAUAGUUGGAAAUUAUGGUCCCAUCUUCUAAGGGGUUCUGAAGAAAAAAGAAACAUUCUUAUCAUGAAAGGCAAUUUUUCCCUCAAAGGAAAGCUGCCAGCCUCCAAAAGAUUAAUUUGGAACAUCACGUAGCUUUACCACUCGAGGGUCUCUUUGAUGUGGUGUAAUUACCUUUUCCUGUCAUGACAACUAGCUUACCCAUCCACUAAUGCAGGCAGUUCCAAUCCUCAAGCGAUAAAGAUUCUUUUUAAUAGAUCAUCACCGAAAAGUAACUUUUUAGAGCCACUCCCCAUCGUUUAUGUCAUGAUGUAAACAAAUAGCACACUAAAAGAAUUAGUCCUUAUUUGAAAUGAAAUGGUAACAGAACCACACCACAUGCAGAAAGGUGGUUGAGUGGCAGCAGGUUGCCACUCAACAAUCUUCCUGCAUGUGGCGAAGGAAAUACGGACUAGCACUUUUAGCGUGCUAUUUGUUUACAACAUGACAUGAAUGAUUGGGAGUGGCUCUUAGGCAAUCACCUAUUGCCCUUGUUGUGUGCAUGCACAAACUGUUUGGUCACCCCUUGUCCGUGUGCACACAGAAUAUGAUACAUGUGCUAUGGCCUGGCUGCAAGACUACCUCUGCAUCUAUUGUUUGCCCACAUGGGUCCAGCAGCGGCUCAGGUAGGCGUGUAUGCUGGAGCAGCCUACACUAAAGGAUCAAUUAGUGUUUAAUACAUAAGCUGACUUCCAGUGCAGCUAGCUUACACAUAUCACUUGUAGGAAGUAUUGCCAGAAUUGAUGCUCAUCUUUACAAAAAAGACAGUGUGGAUGGAAUGGAAACACGAAUCUGUGAAUUUAUAGUCAGAGGUUCACCUGCUCAGACACCAAACCAUAUUAGAUGCUCUUCAUUGUAAAAUCUUCUAAUUACUGACAUGCAGUUUGCCCCUUACUAUAAUCUUCUUGUAAAAUGCCUAGGACAGUUGCAUAUGCGAUAACUGUGCUCUCUCUACAUAUGUUAAUAGAAAUUAGAUUAUCCUGAAUUAGGAGCAUAGAGGAUUGGCAUUGUGAUGUUUUGCGUUGUUCCUUACUGUUUAUCACCAUUACAGGAUAACCAACAAGUUAAGUACAGCUGGUGAAUGUACCUUUGCAUAUUGUGUGAUAUGUUGAAGAGGGAAGUUCAAUUUGAAAGAACUGGUUGAUUGUCGUAAGAUAUGAUGCACAGUCAAGACAAUGUUUUCUCAUUUGGGAGGAGUGGGGUUCAAAAUCAUCUCUGGUCAUCCUGAUAUAGUUUUUGUGCCCUUUCUGUAAAUCAUGUCAGUCAAAUGCCAAAAAAAUGUUGGCUGAUAUUCUACCUCAUCCUUCUCCAAUUUAGUGUGUUUGCACAAGUGUGUUUCUAAUUUAUGUUGCCAUUAUUUGUUUAAAAUCAGAGCUUGUCUUCAGAUGGUGGCAUACAUUUCUUGUACAUAAUAUAUUAAGUGGCUUUGAUGUGGCCUUAAACUGGUCAUGACCAAAAAAUGCAUAGAUUUUUAAUAAUUUGUAAGUGAUCAUUAUGUGUAAUUUCUUUUCCCUCUCCCCUCCUACUCUCUCAUAAUCAUCUCUCUGAACAGUCCAGGAGGCCUACAGCUGCCACAAAUAAAAUGUUGCGAUUUAGUUUUCUGCCCUAUUUACAAAGUGGCAGGAUAAACUGAAUAUUCAUUGUGAGUGAAUGUGUUGAGUGUGUGAAUUGUACAAGAAAUGUAUGUGAACAGAAUACUAACGUUUUCACAUCUAUUCUUAAAUUUAUAUGUCUGGUUUUUUUUCGGUUUGGUUUAAGAAUGGGGAAAAGGAGUAGUACAUCCUCAGAGUAAAUGAUUAUCGCUGCACUACUUUCUUUUCAAUAGUUGAAGAAAUGUGAGUAUCUGACUCUACUGUGUUCAUUUUGCCACAUUAUUUUGUUGAUGAAAUGGAUACCUACUCUUUAAUUUGUCAGAAGAUUGUGCAUAUUUGUGAAUAAAGCUUGUACUUGCCAGUUCCACAUCUUAACAUACAGUCUGUUUGGCAAAACUAAUAAAGAAGACGACAUCUGUCACAAGUUACUUGCCACAUGCAUUGCGGCUUUUUCUUUAAAGAAAUGUCAUCUGGAGUGAGCUAUUGUCAUUAAUUUUAUUGAAAUGACAUUUUAUGAACGUGACAGAGUUCUGAUUUUUACAGCCUUAACAUAGAUUUAUAUCUACUGCAAUGAUGUUGUAAUUCUGAAACCAUAUUUUAAAAAUAUUACAAUUAUUAUUGUAGAAAUCCUUCAAGAUUUACUUCUUAUCUAUUGAAAUUAGCUUUGUGUGUGAAUUAAACAUUAUUAUUGAUUAUUUGCAUCACAAUAUUUGUCUUAUAAUGUAUAUUUAUAUAAAAUUAUUAGGUUUAAAACUUAAGUGUAUGCCUUGACACAUGCUCUGUUUGCCUCAGUAUAUUUCAGUUAUAUGUUUAACUGUGAUGUAAACGCUGCCGAAUGUAGUACAAUUUCUAAAAACUCAUUUUCUUUACACUUAGUUUGCACUAAGUCUGCUUUAAGGUGUUCACUGCACCUGAUUUGAAAUUUAUUUUACUGAUAGGAAUGCUUGAAUGCUAGACUGCAAUUUUUUGUUGUUGUAAAACCAGUCAAUUUUUGUAAAAUCACUUCUUGCCAAAAAUAAAAUAGUAAAAAUGUAUAGUGUUCAA